CCUGGAGGUUAGCGCCUACUUUCCUAAUGGCUAGUUGCGAAUCCCCUUAGCUCAGCCAGUCCGGCGCAGUUUUGCGUGAUAAUUUACGGCUACAUCGAUCUGCACGACAGUAAAACUCGUGUUAAAUACGGCGUGUGUCGUGUUGAGGCCUUUGAAGAAGCCGUGGAGUCAGACAAGAGGAGUGAGGUUACUGCUGUGUGUUGUGAGCUGCCACUUUCAACCAAAACAAUGUUGACAGACGACCUGUGGACACACACCAACACUCUGCCAUUUCAAGGAUGGAUACAGGAGGAGUGAAGAAGAUAAUAUACAGAAGAGAUGACCAUUUAAGCAAAUUAGUCUACAGUGAAAGCCCUGAGGAGGGAGGUCUAUUGAAAGUAGCUCCUCACAGUGCCAUGCCCAUCGCCUCUGCCACAUCUAUCAUUCUUCCAUCCAGCCCGUUGAUGCAGCCAGGACAGGUGCCCAACGGCCUCAGCAACAACCCCCUUCCAGAGGAGCUCACCUCCGUCACUGCCACUGUCGGCACAUUGUUAGAAGACCCAGAGUACAGGAGCUUCAGCAAAGAUCACAAACCUCAGCAACAGCAGUUAUUCCAGGCGCCAACCUCCACUUUGUUCGGCCGUCAAACUUUGCCCCAGUUGGAGGCCAGUAUAACAGACAUUGCACAGUCCUCCAUGGAUUCACUUAUUGGAGGGUCAGAUCCAAACUUCUUCUCCAUUAAAACAGGGGAUUUCUCCAUGGAUAAAGGAGACCAGGACCCCAUUGACCUCGACAAUGCCUUUGAGCACAUUGGGAAAGAUGUGGAUGUUCACCAGAAAUUGUUCAGUGACAACACACUGGACCUGCUCCAUGACUUUGAGCUGACUGGCUCUCCCUCAGAUUUUUAUGUAGGCGAUGAUGCUUUCCUGUCCUCUCUGGCAGAUGACUCUCUGCUCGGGGAUGUUAGCUCAGAGAGGGACAUGAAGGCUGCCGCUGUUGAGAGCGUUAACGGCAGUGGGGCAACCUCUGCCGCGCUCAAUGGGAUCAACAUGACAAGUCCAGAUCAGCCCUCUUCCAGCAUAUCCACGACUGCCUCCUUAACUCCUACAACCACUUUGUCUGCUUUGGUGAAGAAAGAGAAAGACUCUGGUUUCAUUCAGCUCUGCACGCCAGGUGUGAUCAAACAGGAGAAGACGUCUGCAGGCCAAAGUUAUUGCCAAAUGAGUGGCACAACCGCCACAGACUUGCCCAGCCCUAACCCCAUCUCCAUCUGUGGGGUCAGCACUUCAGGGGGACAGAGCUUUCACUUUGGAGUCAACACCAGCAGCAGUGAAUCUCAGCAGCAGAAGACUCAGAAGCAAGUGUCCAACCUGUUUCUCCCAGUGACAACCAUCAGUGCGCCCUGGAACAGAGGCCAGACUAUUGUGGACAACAGAAGCACAGAGGCAUUCUCAAGCUCUCCUUUCAAGCUCGGCUUUGUCAAACAAGAAGCUGGCACAGCUCUACCUCCGGCUCAGGGAAAGAGCGGGACUCAUAAAAUCUGCCUGGUGUGCUCGGACGAGGCUUCAGGCUGCCACUAUGGCGUUCUCACCUGUGGCAGCUGCAAGGUCUUUUUCAAGAGGGCCGUCGAAGGGCAGCAUAAUUACCUGUGUGCUGGGAGGAACGACUGCAUAAUAGACAAGAUCAGGAGGAAGAACUGCCCAGCCUGCCGCUUCCGCAAGUGUCUAAUGGCAGGCAUGAACUUGGAGGCACGCAAAACCAAGAAGUUGAACCGCUUAAAGGGCACCCAGCAGAGCAACCCACCUGAGCUGACUCCUUCUCCACCAAUUGAGGCCCAUUCACUCAUGCCCAAGCGCAUGCCUCAACUCGUUCCCACCAUGCUGUCUCUGCUGAAAGCUAUUGAACCAGACACAAUCUACGCCGGCUACGACAGCACCCUGCCAGACACUUCCACCCGCCUCAUGACCACCCUUAACAGACUGGGUGGCCGACAGGUCAUCUCCGCUGUCAAGUGGGCCAAGGCUCUACCAGGUUUCAGGAAUCUGCAUCUUGAUGACCAGAUGACUCUGCUGCAGUGCUCUUGGCUCUUCCUCAUGUCUUUCGGACUGGGCUGGAGGUCUUACCAGCAGUGCAAUGGCAACAUGCUCUGCUUUGCACCGGACCUUGUCAUAAACGAGGAGCGGAUGAAGCUGCCCUACAUGGCCGACCAGUGCGAGCAGAUGCUGAAGAUUUCCACAGAGCUUGUUCGGCUGCAGGUUUCCCACGAUGAGUAUUUGUGCAUGAAGGUCCUGCUGCUGCUCAGCACAGUGCCAAAGGAUGGCCUGAAGAGCCAGGCGGUGUUUGACGAUAUCAGGAUGUCAUACAUUAAGGAGCUGGGUAAAGCCAUUGUGAAGCGUGAAGAGAACUCCAGUCAGAACUGGCAGCGUUUCUAUCAGCUCACCAAGCUGCUGGACUCAAUGCACGAGAUGGUCGGUGGGCUGCUCAACUUCUGCUUCUACACCUUUGUGAAUAAAUCCCUGAGUGUGGAAUUCCCAGAAAUGCUGGCGGAGAUCAUCAGCAACCAGCUACCAAAAUUCAAGGCCGGCAGCGUCAAACCCCUCCUCUUCCACCAGAGAUGACUUUACCCCAAAACAGACACAUUGCCUUAAAAUACCCAUCACAUCACCUCACAACCCGCCCCUCCACCCCCCACCCAACCCCCUUCAGGAGCAACAAUGAGAGGACUGAGGACCCGAGGCGAGGAGUCAUUGAUGUUUGUUGGUAGAGAGAGUAUGCAACUUUGUGUAAAGACUGGACGCGUCCAGUAAAGACUGUAAAGACUACGCAGACAGCGAGCACAGAGGUUAUGUAGAGCAUAGUCAGUCAGUUUGUAAGACUAGAUAAUCACCAAGAGAAGUAAGCUAACAUCCAUGUCGUCUCAGGUUUCCUAUCUUCAAACACAAAACAAUAUCUCAUAAAGAUAAAGCGAAUAUGUACAGGUUCUGAUAGUAUUUUCUACAUUUUCAAAUCAUACCAGUUUAUACACUUUUACAGGUCGAUGUUACCUGGGAAGGUAACAAAGUUUAAAAACAUGCUCUUCAGUAGGCUUUUUGACUGUAUGUUCCUCUUUUAGUUUUUGUAAGCAGUUGUAACAAAAUAGUCACUUGGGGGGGGAAAAAAACAGUUUUCCAGUCGUUUAAAAAGAAAACGUCAUCGCUUGAUUGACACAAUGAACAUAGGAAACAAUUCUGUUGGACCGUCAGUCAAAGUGCGUUAUUGAGAGGUUUAUUUCUCCCAUAUGCUGACCUCUUUCAGGUUUACACGCGUCUAUUUUAAAAGGGAAAAAAAAUGUGCCUUUUUUGCUUCAUAUAUCAUCGAAGUCAUUUCUUCCUACAUGUCCAAGACGGGCUUCUCUUGAACCCGUCACGGUCUACCUUCAUCAUAUGUUGAUUGUACUUUUUAUGUUACAUGCAGUUAAAAGUUUUCCUUUUUUUUCUCGAUGGCUGUGUUUCCCUCUAGAAGUGGCAGCUCGGUCCAUCCUCCGCGUGUAGAAAUGAUCUUAUCGAAGCCUGCUUCCUUUCAUGCGAUUCCCCGCACACCCUUCUUCUCCAGUGCGAUGUGAGCACUUUGAACCAUGCUUAAAGGCUUUAAGAGACUGUGAAGAAAGACUGUUAAACUGUACCGGGCUGUAAUGUAGGACUUUAGGUGGAAGGUAGAGAACUUUUUCUAGUAUGGUAGCCCACUCUAAUGCUUAUUUUAGCCCCCGCUCCUGCCCCAAUAGUCUAAUAAUUGAAUGUGAUAGAUAACCUGCGUCCACCAAUCAUAGAAAAGAGGGCAUGUUUUAUGUGUUUGAAAGAUUAUGUCAUUUUAUUAAUUGAUCAGGACAACUUAUUUCUGUGUUUCUAACAUGGCUCAGACUGGUUGUAAAAUAACCGUCCUUUUUAUAUCCUUUUUACAGUCUGUUUUAUAAAACUGAUGAACAUGUAGCCAUGAUUCUGCCACUGAUGAUCCUUCUUAGACCGUAUAACCAUGCACUCUUUAUGCUUCUGAUAACUUACCAUUGAAAGACUUUGCAUUGUUGAUUUGCUGCGGUUUGUUAAAGGAAUAAUUCAGAAUAUGGGGACAGCUCAUUUCCUUUCUUACCAAUCGUUGGAUGAAAAGACUGUCUCAGCUAACAUGUCUAUAGCUGCAGUCAGUUACUCAUUAGUGUUAACUUCGCAUAAAGACUGGAAACAGCUAGCCUGUCCAAAGAUAAUCCAUUUACCAUCACCUCUAACUCUCAGUAAUAUGUCACACAUCAUUUGUUUAAUUUGUACACGAAAGAGAAGGUAGCUAUUUUCAUGAAGGGGAGUUAUGUGUCUGGGAAGUGACCCUCACCAAGAGUUGUCAGACACACAACAUCCUCACUUCUUGCUGCUUUUAUUCUUUUUAUAUUAAUAUUCAUUAAACAAACGACGUGUAAUGGUAUUGAAUAGCUGUGGAGGGAUAGUGAGUGAUUUUUAAACUUUCAGGCUGGCCAUCUGUCGGCCCCGUUCUCCAGCCUUUAUGCUAAGUGUUGCUAACCAUCUCCUGGUUAUACCGUAUUUGAAGAGUGAGCUGUUUUUUCAUCCAACUUUACACAAGCAAGGAGGAGCCUGUUUCCUGAUGUGUGAAAAAACUGUUUGUAUGAUAGACAGCUUGUGUAUGCAGCACUUUGGAUCAGGUGUGGGCAGAACGUAUUCACCUCCAGUUAUGAUUGAACCCUUCAGCUCCUUUGACGCCCUGUCUUAAUGUCUUUGUAGGACAUUUGCACGUUUAUUUGUCUGUCUGUUAUUUAGUCAAGUCCCAAUGUUUGAAAGCACUUAGCAUCGGUCACCUCCUUUUGGGAGGCCGGCACAAUGGCUCCUUUAUUCUCUGGGACGGUUUCGGUGCCAAACUCCUGGUUUUGUCUGUUUUCACGAGCUGAAAGUUGGCCCAGGUUUGAAUUGGAGGAGGAAUCACGUCCCGGUAUUGAAGCUUUGUCCACAACUAGAAAAAAAGUCCUAAAUAAAUAACCUGAGUCAUUAUAAAUGAGUGAUAGCUGUAACUUAAACACAGUGCACUUAUACAUUAACGUAGGUGUGAUGAUGUCCCUUUCUCUCCGUGUUGUAAGCUGGAAGGUGCUGUAACAUUUCCAUCAGUUGUCCCCUUAGUCUGUCAUCGUCGUGUCUCGAACCCCAACAUUUUGUGUGUACCUUAAAGAGGGAACUCAUUGUAAUGGAUUAAAGGUGUUGAUUCCCAACUAGAUUAAAGUACUUGGAUAAGUAUGUCACGCGAGCAAGGUUCGAUAGGGCAUAAAAAUAUGGAAAAUUGUUAUAUUAUUAUAAUAAUAAACAAAGCACUUGUUAUAAAUGUUAGGCCGCUCCCUUGCUCAGGAUAUCGAAGUCCGACUUAAACUUUUAUGUCCUAGUUUAUGUCCUAACCUGAAGAACAGGAGUUUGGAUUCACACAAAAACCUCUUGUUGUUUAAGUUUUUGUGUUGUUUGUUGUCACCAGACAGAUUUAGGAGAGGGAUGUGCUGCCACCGACGUCAUUCACACUCGGAUAAACCAACAGUUGUCGCUUAUUCUUUUUUCUUUCUUUGUUGUUUAUUCAAAAUACUUUUAAAAUCAACUUCAUGAACUGCAUAGGGGUUACUCAUGGGUUACUUUCACAUUCAGUAUAUCCAAAUCUCUGCUGCUGCUGCUGUUCAUUUAAAACAGCUUGAAUAUAUAUAUAUAUAAGAAAUCGCACACUUGCCUCUUCUUGCUCAAAAAUGUAUCCUAGCUCACUUUCUUGUACAUUUUUGAGGAGGACAUCUGAAUAUGCAAUAGAAACAACAGAUAAUCUAUCUCCAUCACAUUGCCAAAUGUGGUUGCCUCAUGUUUUUUUCCAGGAUAAGCUAUUUGCAUACAGGAGAUUCACACUUAACUUUUAUCUCUGCAGGACAGAUUUUCAGGAAAAGAUACCCUCAGUCAGUAAUCAGUCUACCACGACUAAUCACACACAGAAACAACAUAUUUGAUGUUUGACUACAAGGUGACCAAAGCGAGCACAGACAAAUUCAACUCGUCAGUGUAAACUAGAAGACAAAUGUACAGUUCUUUGUUUUUUGUUUUUUAAAACACAUUUUUUUACUCUAACAUAAUGGCUUUGGUCAAAUUGUGUAAUACUGUGAAUAGGAUAGGAGUCAGUCUUUUUCACUCACACAAAAAAAAACUGUUUGUGAAAGUAAUCAACCAGCUUGAAUCUAAAAGGAUUUGCACUACCCAAAUAUUGUUUGAAAAUCUAUUUUGUAUAAAACAUAUGCAGACAUUUUAAGAAUUAUCAAGGGCAGAUCAUGUUUCACUGGUAUAUGCUUUCUCUAAAAUAAGAUAAAAAAAACAAACAUUUGUUUUGCGCAAAAAAAAAUUGAAUAUGUACAUAUAAUCCAUUGUAAAGAAAAUCGUGGUGUAUUUGUCUCCAAAUAACAGUUUUUCUAUACCUUCCCUCUGUAUUAUUUCUCCUCUGUAGUGUUGCUCCAGUUGAUCUUAUCCACCAUUGAUUAAAGGUCCAACUGUGUCUUUGUGUGGUACUUCUCCAAAUAAUGAACUGUAUGCUGAUGUUUGACAAAUUAUGAACUGGAUGAUUCUGAACAGUGGAAACAGUAAGCUCAUUGUAAGACACGUUUCAUGAUCACACCAAGCACUUGUUCAUCAAAUAAAAUGCGCUUUUCCAUUCUGA